AUGAGGAUUCAAAUAUGCUUUUUCCUCUUGGCACUUAUCCUGAGGGGGGAGGACAUCCGAGCUGUACACAUGCAGAGGAAGUCCAACUUCUUGUUUCUGAAUUACUCAUCCGCAAAGAAUGGUGCCAGCGCUUGCAGUGUGAUUUUCGACGCGAAGAAAGUUGGCGUACAUCACCGGGCGAUGAAGGCCGAUGUCGUGGGGUCAAAGAAGGUGGACGAGCCAAUGGUGAAGCAUUUUCAACUCGAUGAGAGAACCCCUAGUGUAGGAUCCAACAAAAUGAAGCAAAACAAUGUGGACGUUGAAAGAACUAAGGAAUACCUCCUCCCCAAGUGGGACAACGAAGCCAACUACAACAUUUAUUUGCCAGACAACAAUAUGGAGGAUUAUCUCUCAGAUGUGAAAAUAAGCAAAGAUGAAAUAACCAUGCUCUAUGAAGACAUGCAUCUAGGAAGGAUGUUCGAAAAUUUAGUUGCAAAAUUAUAUUACAGUAAAAGGAUAAAUGGGUUCGUGCAUCUAUACAAUGGACAAGAAGCCAUCAGCUCAGGAAUUAUUAAAAAUUUAAGAGCAUCUGAUUUUGUCACGAGCACAUACAGAGAUCAUGUGCAUGCCAUUAGCAAAAAUGUGCCUCCAAAAGAGGUGCUUAAUGAGUUGUAUGGAAAUUAUUAUGGUAGUACCAACAGAGGCAAAGGUGGGUCCAUGCAUAUUUACAGUAAGCGUGAAAACUUCAUUGGGGGGUUUGGCUUCAUCGGCGAACAAAUCCCCAUCGCCGUCGGUUUGGCUUACAGCAUUUUGUACAAGCGGGAAUUCCCCCUGGAGGGGGAGAUACAUCCCUCUGGGGGUGCAGUUUCUCCAAAGGGAAAUCUUCUUUCACCCAGUGAAGAUAGUAACGUGGUGGUAUGUUUCUUGGGAGAUGGCACGGCAAACAUUGGACAGUUUUUCGAAUCACUAAACCUGGCGGCCACGUAUAACCUUCCAAUAAUUUUUGUCAUCGAAAACAAUAACUGGGCAAUAGGAAUGGAGGGAUCGAGGAGCUCCACAGAUGAUCUCCAAAACAAUUACUCUAAAGGAAAGGCAUUCAAAAUAGACACAUACAAAGUAGAUGGAAACGAUGUAAUAGGGUUGUACAAAUUAGCAAAAAAAAAAAUAAAUCAAAUGAGAAGGAGAGAAUGUGGACCUGUUCUCAUAGAAGCAAUCACCUACCGUGCGAAAGGACACUCACUUGCAGAUCCAGAUGAACUUCGAAUACAAGAAGAAAAGGCGUCCUGGAAAAAAAGAGAUCCAAUUAUACAUUUGGCUAACUACAUGAAAGAAAAAAAUAUCGUUGAUGAAUCAUUCUUUGAGGAAAUUAAAAAAAAAACGAAACAUAUUCUGACGGAAGCUGAAAUGGACGCAAACGACAAUCAGAAGAAGAGCCAAACCGUUAACAUCACUCAACUGUUAAGGGAAAAUAUUUACGCUCCUUCGGAGAGGGUACCCUUCCAGGAGGAUUACAACAAGUAUGCGAAAUAUGACCAUCUCGUUGAUUCGGAACUAGGCGAGUACUACGAGGCACUUUGCAAAGAGAUGGACAGAAAGCUGAACAACAGGAAGCCAGAUCCCUCUGAACACUUUGCAAGUAAGGAUCUCCCCUUGGUCAUCGAUUAA